AUGUCGAUUGGGCAACUCGUUAGAAAGUUCUCUCCCACAAAAUUGCCAGUGAAGGUUAAAGUAGGUUUUCUCGGAUCAGUGAAACUUAAGGUUCCGUGGAGUAGGCUUGGCCAAGAUCCUGUUUUAGUAUAUUUGGAUCGCAUUUUCUUAUUAGCUGAACUUGCAACACAAGUUGAGGGAUGUAGUGAAGAUGCAGUCCAAGAAGCUAAGAAGAGCCUAAUACAGGAGACGGAAUUGAAACUGUGGGAGAAGCCACAACAAAUACAGUCAGAAAUGAAUAAGUCAUGGUUGGGAUCCCUCAUCAGCCCCAUAAUUGGAAAUUUGAAGCUUUCAAUUUCUAAUAUUCACAUCAGAUACGAAGACAGUGAGAGAAAUCCAGGGCACCCAUUCGCAGCUGGUGUUAGUUUGGACAAACUCUCGGCUGUGACAAUAUUUAAUUUUGGAACUAAAGAUGGGAAACCAGCAAAUACUUUGUCGCGAAAACACUUAUAUAUUCUGCAGCAGGUAACUGGGAAAGCAAAGUACUCAAAGCUGCAUUCGAGUGAAGUUGCUGAUAGCAAACAACCAUUGCAGACGGCUAUGGUGAAUUUGGAUGAUGUUACAAUCAGCUUAUCUAAGGAUGGAUACAGAGAUAUGAUGAAAUUAGCAGACAACUUCGCUACAUUUAAUCAACGUCUAAAGUAUGCUCAUUUCCGUCCACGGGUGCCAGUAAAAGUUGAUUCCAGGUCUUGGUGGAAGUAUGCUUACAGAGCUGUAUCUGAUCAGAUGAAAAAGGCAAGUGGAAAAGUGUCAUGGGAGCAAGUUUUAAGAUAUGCAAGAGAUAUAUUUCUCUCUAUGCUUCACUGCUCAAGUCUGACCCCAGUCAGGUUACAAUUAGCGGAAGUAGAGAGAUUGAAGAUCUAG